AUGUUGUCUAGAGCUCUCCGUCUCCCCAGGGCUGUGCCUAUGCGCACCAAGCUCGCCGCUCCCGCCUACACUGCCAUUCGCUCUGUCACCACUGAUGCUGCUUCGGCGUCCCUGAGCCACUCAGUCCCCAAGUCCGAUGACGAGCCUUUCUCUGUUAACCUCAGCGAUGAGAGCUUCGAGACCUACGAGCUGGACCCCCCUCCUUACACCCUGGAGGUGACCAAGAAGGAGUUGAAGGAUAUGUACCGUGAGAUGGUCAUCACCCGACAGAUGGAGAUGGCGGCCGAUCGUCUGUACAAGGAGAAGAAGAUUCGUGGUUUCUGCCACUUGUCUACCGGACAGGAGGCCGUUGCCGUUGGUAUUGAGCAUGCCAUCACCAAGGAGGACGAUAUUAUCACCGCUUACCGAUGCCACGGCUACGCCUUGAUGCGUGGUGCUACCGUUCGAUCCAUCAUUGGUGAGCUGCUUGGCCGACGUGAGGGUAUUUCCUACGGCAAGGGUGGUUCCAUGCACAUGUUCGCCAAGAGCUUCUACGGCGGUAACGGUAUCGUCGGUGCUCAGGUUCCCGUUGGUGCCGGCCUUGCCUUUGCUCACAAGUACAAUGGAAACAAGAACGCUUCUAUCAUCCUCUACGGUGACGGUGCUAGCAACCAGGGCCAGGUCUUUGAGGCUUUCAACAUGGCCAAGCUCUGGAAUCUCCCUGCCCUCUUUGGCUGCGAGAACAACAAGUACGGUAUGGGUACAGCUGCUGCUCGUUCUUCCGCUUUGACCGACUACUAUAAGCGUGGACAGUACAUCCCCGGUCUCAAGGUCAACGGUAUGGAUGUCCUUGCCGUCAAGGCCGCCGUCAAGUACGGCAAGGAGUGGACUGCUGCCGAUAAGGGACCUCUUGUCCUUGAGUACGUCACCUACCGAUAUGGUGGUCACUCCAUGUCUGAUCCCGGUACCACCUACCGAACCCGUGAGGAGAUUCAGCGCAUGCGAUCCACCAACGAUCCUAUUGCUGGACUCAAGCAGAAGAUUCUAGAUUGGGAGAUCACAAGUGAGGAGGAGCUCAAGAAGAUUGACAAGGAAGCUCGUGCCCACGUCAACGAGGAGGUUGCUGCUGCUGAGGCCAUGGCCGCGCCUGAGCCCAAGCCCGAGAUUCUGUUUGAGGAUAUCUACGUUCGGGGAUCCGAGCCCGAGUACAUCCGCGGCCGUAUUCCCGAGGAGAACCACUACUUCCAGUAG